AUGCUAAUUGCUGUGAUAUUAAUUACCGACGUCGCACAUGCUAAUCAGAACAACUUCCAGCCAUGGUUUUACGAAACAAACCAGGCAGCGGGGCCUUCAAACGCAGCGGGUGACACGGACACUUUCUUCUUCAAGGCGGGCGGGGAGCAGCAGCCCCCGGACGUUCAGUCGCCGUGUGCCGUAGGAGGCAGUUCCUCAUGCAGUAACCCUGGUCCCAACAUCAACGACUUGCCAUCCUGGAUAGUCGCCUCACCCGACUCACCUGCGUCCUCCUCGGCGCCACCGACAGGACAGGCACCGACAUCUAGCGGGGCAUGUCAGACAUUCCCUUGGUUAUGUCUCGGUACCAAUCCACCACCAACGCGACCAAACGUGACUCCGCCUCCAUCUACGGGAGCGCCUCCGCCGCCACCGAGUUAUUGUCAGCAAAACCCGUGGAUGUGCACUGGAACUACGCCGCCAGCGGCAAGUGCCACACCGUCCCCCCAUAUAUGCCAACAGUACCCGUGGACGUGUCUCGCUCAAAGUACUGCCCCUCCACCAACAAACAUAGCUCCGAGAGCCUGUUGUGUUAUGGGUCAACGUGUAGUUACCGGCAGAACGUGUUCUCAGCGUGCCGCCACCCUCGCUGGCGUGUGCAGGACUGAGUUCCUGACGUGCUGUAGCUGCUGCGCCAUGGGAGCGGUGCCCGCUGUCAGAAGCUGUGUAGCCAGGGCCUCAACACUCUCUGGAAACUGUAGAACGUCCUUCCUAGAAUGCUGCAGUGAUUCAGCAAUCACGCCGUCUCCAACGCCAUGGGUGCCACCGACCGGGGCGCCCUCUACAGUUGAUUCCCUAUGUGCUAUAAUCCCAUGGAUGUGUCAGUCACAAUCUACACCACCUCCACCUCCAACCCAAGGUCCCACCGACGACCCUAACUGCUGGGGCUGGGCAGGGUUCCUUAUUUGCCCCCCAACAGCGUCCGUUCAACCACCGGUUACUACUCCCCAACCAACUACAGCGGCACCUCACGGCAGUACCAUAUUGAGCCCAUGGUGCUGGUUUUCCCCAUGGCUGUGCUCAACACCUGGUGCCACGCCCCCUCCCACAACUGGUGUCACGCCCCCAACAACAGGACCACCUCCAACAGUUACAACUCCAGCUCACGGCAGUACCAUAUUGAGCCCAUGGUGCUUGUUUUCGCCAUGGCUGUGCUCAACACCUGGUGCCACGCCCCCUCCUACUACUGGUGCCACGCCCCCUCCCUCAACUGGAGCCCCGCCCCCGACAACAGGACCACCUCCAACAGUUUCAACUCCAGCCCCCGGUAGUACCAUAAUGAACCCAUGGUGCUUGUUUUCUCCAUGGCUGUGCUCAACACCCGGUGCCACGCCCCCUCCCGCAACUGGUGCCACGCCCCCUCCAACAACUGGUGCCCCGCCCCCAACAACAGUAGCGCCCUCAACAACUACCACGGCUCCUAGCACCGGCUGCAAUUCCUGUAUCUGCAAUUACCUGAUAUCUAAAUGGAGGAGCAACGCCUGUGGCGGAGAAUAUCCACCUCAUCUACAAGCCACUGUUGACGGAGGAUCUUGUUCCAGCUGUGUGUGUGAUCUCAUACGCAGACAGUACCACAUCAACAACUGUGCUAACGCGGUAACCCAACCUCCGCCUGUGACAUCAUGUCCGCCAUGGGACUCACAGUGUAAUACGGGUAUAACCCAGCCUCCACCUCCCGACAGUUCGUGCCCCCCUUGGGACCCUCAGUGUAAUACAGUUGGAGGUAGCCAAUGCCCACCAUGGGAUUUUGCUUGCAACUCUCGGAACAGACGCAGACGCAGACGUGAUCAGACCGGGAUAUGUGCGGCGUUUUCCUUCCUGCCCAUGUGCGGAACAGCAGCGCCACCACCUGAUACAACGCCCCCAAGCGGCGGAUGCAAUUGGUGGGACCCAGGGUGUUUCACCCAGCCUACCACCCCUCCGCCUGUCACAGGCUCAGGCUGUAAAACAUGCAGUAUGACGUUCCUGACCAAUGAAUGGGGAACGGGUCAAUGUGGCUGCCUUGGUUCUAGUUGCCAGUGUGCCCAAUGCCUUUGCAGUUUUCUCCAAAACGUGUACUGGGAAUUGUGUAGUCCCACUGGACAAACAACACCCCCUCCAACUACACCCCCUCCAACUACACCACCUCCAACUACACCCCCUCCAACUACACCCCCUCCAACAACACCUCCACCAACAACACCCCCUCCAACAACACCCCCUCCAACAACACCUCCUCCAACUACACCCCCUCCAACAACACCUCCACCAACAACANAUUUAAAUUGUCUACACGUGUAUGACAUCUUGUUUACGUGCGUGUACUGGGAGCAGCCCUACCACCGUGAUAGACACCAACGUGAUCCCCAUCAGCGGCAAUCCGGUGCCAGGACGAUGUGUAAACCUUCACUACAAGGGACAGGGGACAGGUACACCACAGCCUAUAGACCCCAACAACAACUCGGACAAAAACACCCUCAUGUUCCAGCAAUGUGGGAACAGGAAGCUGGUCCUUUGUCAGCACAUGCGCACUUGUCCAAUGAAAUAGUUUAG